CUAAAAAACACCACAGUAGAACAUAAAAGAUCUUCUCAAAAAAGAAAAACUCUUUCUCUCGUUCUCGCCCUCCCCUUCUCUGUUCAACCUCUCUCUGAAAAUUACAGCCGCCAGCCACAGCCCAGCCCCGGCAACACACCUCCAGCCACCCUCAGCCGAAAAUAACCCCAAAGUCCGGUUUCCCUACCCUUCAAACCCCCUGCACUCUCUCUCCUCGACGGGCAAAGAGAAUUGGCCCCUGUCGUCGUCCUCCGUCCCCGACGACUUGAACGGCCAUCUCCCGGUGGUCCUCGACUGCGGAAGAUUCCACAACCCCAACCUCGCUCUCUCUCUUCUCUCGUUCUGCUCACCCGAAGGCAGCCCGCGUACGCCGGGGACUAGGACCUCAGAUUGGUGGUUCUCCACGUCUCUUAUUUUUCCAAUUGCAGCAAGAGUCUAGUGUUUUCCAAGUUAGAAUGAACAAAUCAAAUAUGGUUGAUUUGGUUUGUUCUGUAUACAGUUCAGUUCUACAUUGAGGGAUUUACAUUUGGAGAGAGCAAAAUAGUAUGGAUCAUCCAGAUGCUAAUCAGUUACACACAAAACAUGAAAUCCCUGUUUUGCUUUGAUGUAUUUUUUUCCAAGCGGCCUUGAUGUAUGAAUCUGAAGUGCAAUCAGUUCGGCAAUGCAUACAAUGUGUUUGAGAAAAUACCGGUGAGAGUUUUGGCCGCUUUGGAAUUCUGUUGGUUGUGGCCCUUGUGUUGUGGUUGGGUUUUGGUUGAUUAGUCCAGUUUUCUUGAUUUAAGCUCUUAUCUCAUCAUCUUUUGAUGAAAAUGCUGAACCGUUUAAUUUCUCAUUUCUGUUUCCCUUCACGUGUGACAUUGCAACAAUUCUCUUAUAACCGAUGUAGCAGUUUUCUCUAUCAUUUCUCUUCUGUAUCUUCACCCGCUAUAACUACUAGCUCGAACUCAGACCUUGUCAUAUGCCUAAUUAAUACCUACAAACUUACCAAAAUGCAAGCUCUCUCCAUAUCUAAUCGCUAUCCAUUGAUCAAGUCACCCAAUAAGCCCCAAUUAGUUCACAAAUUUUUUCUCGAGCGAGGAUUUUCUAAAACACAUAUACAGUCUAUGAUCCUCGUGUCAUCCCAGAUCAUGUUUUCUGAUGUUAACAAGACUCUCAGACCAAAGAUUGAGGUUUUUCAGCAGCUUGGAAUAGAGGGUUUUGAGUUGGGUAAGUUCAUUUCUAAGAAUCCAACUGUAUUGACUCGUAGUUUGAAGAAAAAGUUAGUACCCUGUAUUGAGAUUCUUAAGAAUUUUUUUGGAGAUAAUGGAAACAACAAAGACUUUAUUCGAAUUUUCAGUUGCAGAUGGAAUUUAUGGAACCCACAAAGGUUGUUGGCCAACUGUACUUUUCUGGAGAGUUGUGGAAUUGUUGGUCCUCAGCUUUCUCUAAUAAUGAAGAGGCAACCUCAUAUUUUCACUCUGGAAGAUUCUAAACUGAAAGAGCUUGUUUCAAAGGUUUCAGAUAUGGGUUUUAAAAAAGGCUCUAAAAUGUUUCCCCAUGGUCUCUAUGCAGUCAGUGGAAUCAGUGAUGAGGCAUGUAAGAAAAAGUUGGACUUAAUUUGCAGUUUGGGUUUUUCUGAAGGUGAAUGUAAAGAGAUGUUUAGAAGAUCACCACUUCUGUUUAGAACCUCCCCUGAGAAAUUGAAAUUUGGAGUUGAUUUUUACUUGAACACAGUUAAGCUUAAAAGGUCAAGGUUGAUUCACGCACCAUGGAUAUUGAUGUCUAGCAUGAAAAAACGGGUGAUUCCUCGAUACAAGGUUUUACAGCUUUUGAAAUCGAAAAGGUUAUUCAAGAGAGAGCCGAGUUUUUACUCUAUGGUGUUGCAUACGGAGGCUGAGUUCCUGCAAAACUUUAUAUUCAGGUUUAAAGAUGAUUCAAAUGAGCUCUUGGAAGCUUACAUGAGUAAUUUGUCAGAUUCCAGUGACCAAGAAGAUAAGUCUUGAUUCAAGUAUGAUUGCAACAAGGCUUCUGAUUUUAGCGCACACUAGAAUCUGUUAACUCAUUGUCUUAACUUUUCCCCACCAAGUUGAAGUUAUUUUUGGUUCAGUUUUGAACUUUUACAUCAUCUAAUUUAAUAUGAACUUGAGUAGUUAUGAAUGCGUCAAUUUUAUGUAUUUGUUCCCUGCUGAGAAUAUACAAAUUACUUUCAUAUGCGGUGUUUAAUGUAUGAAUGACAUAAUAGAGGAUCAGAGACCAUUUUCA